GAGGGUUCAAAAGACCGAUGCAGAGAAUUAACAAAAACGUAGUAUUGGGCCUUCUUACUUUGACCAGCUCAAUCUUUCUCUUGUUCCAGUUGUACUAUUAUAAAUAUUAUCUGUCUCCAAAGAAUGGAGCUGUUUUCCCCAAGAUUAAAGGAAGCAAAGCAGGACAAGACAAUAGUCAAUGGUACGUGGUUAGAAAAUUUCUGAAUUUGGUGGCCAGCCACAACAUAGUUGUGCAUCUGAUUGACCCUCUCCUUUUGGAACUGAUUGACAAAGACUUGGAGCAGCUUCAGACCUUCUCUGAUGUCAGUCACUCAGAAUGCAAAUACUUCUGUACCCCACGGGAUUGUACCACCUUUGGACUACUGGACAAAACUUGGAAACUUGAAGUGAGCUUGUUUCAAGCUGCUGAGAGAAUGGGAUUCCAGUGGCUAAAACUUCAGAGUAAAGAUCCACGUUUGGAAGGCAUGGAAGAUCUCUCUGGAACAGAAGUCCCUCUGCACUACAUCUUCAAACAGGCAACUCAUGCCAUCCAUCUAGUAGUCUUCUAUGAGAGGAGUGGCAACUACCUCUGGCAUGGGCCGCUCCGUCUGAAGCUACACAUGGACAGGACUUUCGUGCCUUUCCAGAAACUACACUUUGGACGCUACUCUGGAGCCUAUGACAAGAUGGAAUUACUGACUCUUUCCAUUGAUGGAUUAAUAGUCCAGAUUCCAAAAGAGCCAUCUAGGUUCCUUGAAGAAAGGUCUCACUCUAGAUUUAUUGAAUGUCGGUACAGGGAAGCUCGAUCGUUCUUCCAGCUGUACCCUGAUGAUACGUCCCCCGAGGCAGUGGAAUUCAGGAAAAAAGCCAAGGCAUUGCUGCGUCUUGCUGCUCUGACACUGAACACUUUAGGAGUACAAUUCUGGCUGAGUAGCGGGACUUGUCUAGGUUGGUACAGACAGUGCAACAUUAUUCCUUACAGUAAAGACCUGGACUUGGGGAUUUUUAUUCAAGACUAUAAGCCAGAUAUUAUUACAGCAUUCCAGAAGGCCGGAUUACCGCUAAAACACAAAUUUGGCAAGGUUGAAGAUAGUUUAGAGCUCUCCUUCCAGGGAGGAGAGGAUGAUGUGAAGCUUGACAUUUUUUUCUUCUAUGAAGAGGAUGACCACAUGUGGAACGGAGGAACCCAGGCCAAGUCUGGCAAGAAAUUUAAGUAUCUCUUUCCCAAAUUUACCCUAUGCUGGACUGAGUUUCUAGAACUUAAGGUGCAUGUGCCAUGUGAAACCCUCCACUAUAUUGAAGCCAAUUAUGGCAAAGACUGGAAGGUUCCUGUGAAAGUGUGGGAUUGGAAAAAUUCACCCCCCAAUGUCCAGCCUAAUGGAAUCUGGCCUAUCAGUGAAUGGGAAGAAGUAAUUCAGCUCUACUGAUUCAUCUGUAAGAUGGUGGCAUCAGAAGAAUAUUUGUUGAUGGUUGCAUCAUGUCUCACCUAGAAAUCAUCAGCAUUGGGAUGCUUCAUGGAUUUGCCACUGUUUCCGUGGUAGGAUGCAUGUGGAAAUCGAUGUACUGCAUC